CGGGACUACCCUGAGACUGAGACAGUGGUGGCACUGAUUAACAUGGAAAACUAUGCGCGAUGACAGGUAUACCGAAAAUGAAUUCUUUCUUGGUCCUAUAUUUCGGGUUCGUCUCAGUCUCAAACACCGUGGUCGCAUGGGACACAGACGGUACUGUGCUUACACAGCCGGUGUUUCGAUUGUGGUUGCCCUACAGUUCGUUCAGUGCAAAAACGAUACGGCUGAAUGAGGUUUUCAUCGGUCCGGAGAUCACCGCCCUGUUCUGGGGUCCCUGGUCUGAGUGGUCUCCGUGUGCUGAUGGAACGGACUGUCAGCCUAGAAACGAAGCGCUACAACGUCGGCGAAUCAAGCAACGAGUUAGAACCUGUGCGCGUCUCCCUUUCAAGCGAAACGCGAGAACGCGACAAUUCUACUGGUACGAACCGUCAGAGGAGAUGCUCCCCUGUGAGGAGGAAAAGGCCUUAGACAAACAAUACGAACAGUGUCCAAUCGCACCUGAAUGUCGUACUCAAAGCGCCGUCACAUCCACCGUACCCAAAUCGAGGGAAGUAAGCAAUGACACGGGCUCCUCCGAUCAUCCAGAUGUAAACGACACAUGGAUUAUGUUACAGCCCUGUCGACCACUCAUAUGGGGAGUGGAUCCUUUCGAAGACGGUUAUGCGUGGGAAGAGUUAAUGCGGACCGCCGGACAGGACUCAGGCAAGCGUUGCGAACCUGGGGUGGAGCUGCAGAUCCGGAAGUGUCCACCAGGGUCCAACACAAAACAGUGCUCAUUGCGCAAAAUCAAUGAAAGCAUCACCACUGAACUAAGUGAGGUCCACUGUUGGAUUGAUGAUGCAUGUGUUUCACUUGGGUCGAAGUUGGAAGCUCCCUUGGCUUGCUCCUUCACAACGAUUUUUGAUGAACCCGUGGUAAACGUGCAGUGGUUUCGGCGCCCGUACGGCCCUGUAGUCACUGGUUAUCAGAUCCGAGUUCAUUCUGUUAGAAAGGUAAUGCAAGAUUCUGAGAAGGAAGUACAAGUUCAGAAUAUCAGCCUCCGGCCUCCAGAUGAUUGGGGCGAAAAGUACGAAUUUAAUGUUACGGAGCUUCAAAAGGGAGGAGUAUACGAGCUGAGCGUUGGAAGUUUGGAUUCCGAUGGAAACGUGGUUUUUCGUGACUCAUGCAGUGCUGCAGUCAUCGCCGGAGCUGGAGACGGAUCAUGGUCUGCGUGGGCAAGUUGGAGUCCCUGCAGCUCGCGGUGCGCAUCUGUCCCUGGGACACGAACACGUCAUCGUCGGUGUGACUCGCCCAGCCCGAGCAAAAACGGCCGGUGGUGCGUCGGGCCGGAUUCGAUGACACUCAAAUGUGUUGGAGAGGACAUUCAUUGUUAGGGCACGUGAGAUCCGCACACAUUUGCCGGUAUUUAUGCAAACACUUGGAACUGCGCUGUGUUCUGAUGUGCCAGGUGGACCACUUAGCUUCUAUCUACCCGGAGGCUACUUUCUGAGUGCAUGGCAUGGAGUUUGCAAAGCGAGCCAAAAAGGCAUUUCGCCAAUUUUACAUGGAACCGUCAUUCUAUACUUGUGCUUAAUGGUGUCCCAUAUUUCACUGACACUUUACAAUUGGCGAUUUUGAUUUAUUACGUUGUCCAGUCACUGGUCAGUAUGUGA